AGGUCCUCUAGCUCCAUAUAUAUAACACUAUUGGCUAUUCCCAUCCUCUGCUCAAUCCCAGACAAGGCGGAGACUAGGAGAAUGCCGAUCCUGGAGGAACCAAAAACCUGACGCUGGUUCCGUGCUGCUUGGGGGACCCAAAAAUCGCGUUGAUUACGGCUUACCGUAAUUUAUCCUAAGAAGCAUCUUCGUUGGUCCCCUUUUCUUUAAGGGAAAGAAAACGCGUCAAAGGUGCUUUUACUUGUUCAAGAUGAAAAAUAUAUAUAAGUAAGGUCUAAGUUGACCAAGCGAGAAUUGGGCACGCACUUGCUCUUCGCAGGCAUCUGCUUCGCUGCUUUUUUUGUCAACCAGUUUGCGCACACGAUUUGCCUGCUCAUUGACAUUCUUCGCGCACCCCGCGGAAUACAGAAAGAGCGAGCUGCAGGAGUCUUUGAUCUUCGAGCGACCACGACCUGUACUAAGUCUAACAAGACUCCAACAUCAAAAUCAAAAAAGGCGCAUUUUUGCUCCUGCUGUGGUGCUUUUUCGGGUUCUGCCUUCCGUAGAACGUGUGUCUCUUCGUAUGACGCCCUUCCACACAAUGGCUAUGGUGGAAGAGGCGACGUAGUGGUGUAAGAACCUUUCUUGAGCUACCAUUUUGACAAACGCCCAACUCAAUUUAGGAAUUCCGUCGAAUACUAUUUUGACAUUGACAAACGGUGCCUCAAUAAGAACAUGAAUUUUUGUUUAGGAUGAGUCUUUUCCUUUUUGCACGUUCGUAGGAGAGCGGACAAUGCCGCUGCCUUUCAAGCACAAGCUGGUCAGGACAGUGCCGCUGUCUUUCAAGAUCUUGGUCAUUCACACCUUGGUCGUCAAAACGUCAACUAAGUACUCUUCUUUUUCGUCUCCUCUGUGAGUGGAUGUGGAAUAGUUUUUUUGACUUUCUAAGUAGCUUAGAUUUGAGCUGGUCAACAAAGGCAAUUUUUUUUUAUCAGCUCAAAAGCGACUACGUUUUUCUCAUUUUACAGCUCAAGAACGAUAAUGGUUGUCUCACUUCCAUCUCUUUUGACACAUGUGGUCCACACGUUGCUCAAUCUUCCUUGUUGCAUUCAUCCGCUAAACAUGUAACUCCAAAAACACUACUACUAUAGAAUAGUGUAGGCUAAAUUCCCCUGUAGUCCCGAAGAAGUAGACUACAUAGUAUAGAGCCCCCCCUCAAGCAACUUAUCUCCCUGUGAGGCUCCCUCUUGUUAGGUAAAUGAAUGAGUGAAGAAGGCAUCAAGUAGGCUAUAUUCCCUUGUCCCUAACUUCUACGUCCUAUAAUUUUUGAUCCUUUCCCAUCUGUCGUCACCUCGUAUCGAUUCUGCUCGUAUUUUUGAUCCUAGGUAGAAGCUCCUCCUAGGUGCUAGGUAGAAGCUCCUCCUCGUUGCUAGGUAGAAGCUCCUCCUAGAUGCUAGGUAGAAGCUCCUCCUCGAUGCUAGGUAGAAGCUCCUCCUAGAUCGUGGUCAUCGAGACCGAAAACAGUACUAGAUAUAGAAUCUUCUUACCUGAUCUACUUUAUCUUCAUACUAUACCACGAAGAUGGUUCCGUUGUGCGGCUCCUCCUAUAAGGUGUUUCCUGAUUUAUAUUAUGAGGAGCCGAUUUCUGAACGGAGAAGAAGCUUCUUGUUCGGUGUAUCAGGUGGUGGUCACAACACAGGAACUGCAUAUUAUUCAUUCAUUCAUUCAUUUACCUGGUCUCAUUACAACAAAUAGUUCUUUGACAAAUCGGUUUCACUACUUUUCGUCGUCCUGAAUCGGUCUAGGGCAGCCCACUUCAAUAGGAAGUGUUUUAGGUUAAUACUGAGAGUGAGAGCUUCUCGCGACGGCGGGUUCGGUGAAUAAGUUGAUAGCGGGUUUGCUUCGUUUCGAUCGUGUCUCCUUGGUUUAUUAUGCUGAUGGUGAAUAUUGGUUGUCGGUCAUCGGUUAAAAAAGGCGGUGCCAAAUGAUACCCACCCAGGUGCCACAAGCCCUUCCCUUCGGACUAUUCGCGCAUACAAAUGUGUGCUUUAUUAAUAGUUUUCAAAAGAGCCUGAAAAUGCAAAAAAGUGAGCUGAUGAAUGCGCAAAGGGUGAUUAUGUAAUCCUCGUUACGGUUGGUCUGACUCCCCUGUUCCCCGUCAUGAUCCUGCUGUCCCGCUCAGUAGCCCCCGGCCUUUCCUUUCUUACGCACCCCUUCAUGUUAGGAUGUCGUUGAUUGACAAUGUAACUGCUGACUUCUUGGCGGUUCUGAAGCGGGGAAAGUAUGAGAUCUGCAAAAAGUAUCUCCUUGAUAGGCC